AUGCCUUCCGACUUCUGGGCCGGCUACCUAAGCGGAGCACUGGGAAUAAUUAUCGGAAACCCUCUUGAUGUCAUCAAAGUCCGGCUGCAGGCGGGAGAUGUGCAUGCAGCUGCAUCACCAACACAUCUAACCCGCCUGGAAAAAGCAACCUCACUAGUGCGAGGUGCCGCCGCUCCAAUCUUGGGAUAUGGAGCUCUCAACGCCAUCCUCUUCGUGGCAUACAACCGAUCACUUACAGCCCUAGACGAUUCCAUAACAGACCCUACCAAUCCAGUCGAUGUCUCACCGUACAAGGUCUGGCUUGCCGGAGCCGCAGGCGGACUGGCCAGCUGGACAAUCUCAUCACCAACUGAAUUCAUCAAGUGUCGAGCACAGCUGGAUCCCCGAGCCGAAGUGUCAUCGUGGGCGGUGGCUAAGGAUAUCAUCCGCACGCGCGGCUGGAGCGGUCUUUACUUUGGUGGAGGUAUUACUAGCGCCAGGGAUGCAAUUGGCUAUGGAUUCUAUUUUUGGUCUUACGAACUUUGCAAACGAUUUAUGAAUUCUGAUGAUGAUGAUGCAUAUCAAUCCGCUAUGAAUAUUUUGCUUUGUGGGGGUGUUGCUGGAGUCGUUACUUGGGGUUCGGUUUUCCCCUUGGAUAUGAUUAAGACGAGGUUGCAGGCGCAGACCAUUGGUGACCAUGGCCGGGUCACCGAGACCCAGGCUUUGUUAGGACGUCGGACCUUGAGCUCUUUCCAGAUUGCCAAGGAAACAUAUCGGGCCGAGGGUGUCAAGGCAUUCUACCGUGGUCUUGGGGUUUGCAGUGUUCGAGCAUUUAUUGUGAAUGCUGUACAGUGGGCGGCAUAUGAAUGGUUCAUGAAAAGCUUCAACCAAUUGGGCCCACAAGUGAAGUUGCAACCGGGGAUAUGA